CAGAAGAGAAUGGGACGAGACAGUCGCGCUGAGGCCAAGAGCCGCGGUGGUUCACGAAGCCGCGAAUUCGAACGAAACUAUUGCCGUUCACGUGGCAGACGCGCGAUUAUCAAUCGAUCUAUCUUCUUCCGUCUCCUUAUGAUUCAAUCGCGCGAUCAGGCAAACAUAUUUGCUAUGCCCUAUCGCCAGUGGCAAGUCUGCAUCGCGCGCGUACAAUCUUUUGAUCUUAAGCCUCAAAAUUAAUUGUCAAUAGGUAAUUCUGCAAACGUUCUAUAUUUCAUAUUCAAGAGCAUAUUUUAGAGCUAUGCAUUCCUUAUUCGACGAACACUUUGAUCGCGAUAUGAACCGGUAGAGCGUGUAAAGCGGAACAAUAAAACAAUAGUGUUGUACCGGUGUUGUAGCGGAGUAUAUUUUAGCUGACUCGUGACAAAUGCCUGUAGUAUGACGUCAAAUGCGAUCAGAGGCAUCAGAAGAAAGAAGAGUUCGCUGUGCGAAGUUAAGGUGGCUGUGAUAGGAGCACCAGGAGUUGGCAAAAGCGCAUUGACAGUGAGAUUUUUGACGAGGAGAUACAUCGGGGAAUACGAUCAUCAAUCAGAAACCAGAUACAAACACGAGGUACUAGUUGACGGGGAACCAAUUCUUUUUGAGAUUUUAGAUACAUGUCCAAAGAGUGAAAAUGAGCUACCAUCGAUGGAAACUUUACGAGCGGACGGCUUGUUACUAGUUUAUUCGAUAACAGACAGAAAUUCUUUCAAUUUUGUCAGAAAGGCAAAAGAAGCUCUCGCAGUAGCUGAUCCCGAAGCUGCGAUGCCUCUUGCCCUUGUUGGAAAUAAAGCUGAUAUGGUUCAUUUACGACAAGUUAGUACUGAGGAGGGAGAGAUAUUAGCGAAGGAUUUCGAAUGCUGGUUUAGUGAAAUAACUGCAGCUGAGCAGGUUGCUCAAGUCGCGGAAUCUUUUCACGAAUUAUGCAGAGAAGUUCUCGCAGCUAGAAGAAGAAACAAACAAUCUUUGUUGGACAGAAUGCUCGGUGGUAAAGCGACACGUGCUUAUUCGCGAGGAAAAAGUGACUCUGCUUUACCGAAAGAUUAAUAUUGUUAUUCGAAGCAUAUAUCUUUUUUCUUAUAACAUUCAUAUAUAUAUAUAUAUAUAUAUAUAUAUAUAUAUGUAUAUUAUAAGAAAAAAGAAAUCCCUCAAAAUAUCAAAGAUCGAUACUGUAUCUAAAGAAAAAUGUGAAAAGAAUAUAGGAUAUUCGGGAAUAUAGUCGUUUAUCAUGUAAUAAAUGAAAGGCCAAGCAAGAAAUACCAAAGAAAGUAUCAGUUUUUAAUUUGUAGAGUGUAGGAUUCAUACUAAAUAAUAUGGAAUAUGUACAAAUUUUUAUAAUAUAUCUAUACAAAAACUCCUUGAAUCGUAACUUACGGUUUCAAAAUGCAUUAGAAAAGUUCAGAGAAAGGUGUAAUAUAAAAAGAAAAUAUUUCUAAAUGGUUUUGUAAUAUCCUUAUAUCACACAAAAUAGUAAUAUAUUUUGUAACUUUUUUACUAUUCCACCAAAUUAAACAAGCAGUCUCUUAGAAAAAAGGCUGAUAAUGAGUGUGUGAUCAAUUAUACAUAUAGUUUAUAUAAGUGUUGACUUACACAAUUCUAUAUUUAUCUUGUACUUACACAAUGUAAGAUGAUAAUAAAUGUUUACUUAUUUAUUA